AUUUGCGAGUUAAGGUUCGCACAAAACAGUAUCACCAUGGGCCUUUACAACUCCAUUUCUGCUCUUGUUUUCUCAUCCUUUUGUAUGCAUGCUCUCAUUCUUCACUACUCUUGCUCACCUUCUUUCGCCCUCCCCGGAAAUGAGACAGAUAAACUGGCCUUGCUUGAAGUCAAGGCUAGCAUAACUCAUGACCCUCUUGGAGUUUUAGCUUCAUGGAACGAAACCAACCAUUUUUGUUAUUGGCGUGGUGUCUCGUGUAGUCGUCGUCACAAAAGAGUAACAAGUUUGGACCUCGAGUCCUCGAAACUUGCAGGCUCUAUAACACCCCAUGUUGGAAACUUGAGUUUCUUGAGAGAACUGUAUCUCUCAAAUAACAGCUUCAACCAUCAAAUUCCUCCACAAAUCAGCCGUCUACACAGAUUGCAAGAUUUAUGGCUGGAGAAUAAUUCACUCAGCGGUCAAAUUCCAACCAACUUAUCACUCUGCUCUCAACUCCGGACAAUCCGUCUAGGUCACAAUUUGCUGGUGGGAAAAAUUCCUGAGAAGCUCGGCAGUUUGUCAAAGCUAAGACUAAUCUCAAUUCACGAGAACAACCUUACAGGAACUGUUCCUCAUUCUUUUGCCAACUUAUCGUCACUCGAAAUAGUUUCUGCAUGUUGUAAUAGUUUGAGUGGAAGUAUUCCUGAUAUUUUUGGCAAACUGACCAAUUUCAGAACUCUUGCAUUGGAUGAAAAUAGGUUGUCUGGUACUCUUCCUCCAUCAAUCUUCAAUAAAUCUUCUGUCAGAGUCAUUAGUAUCACAGUUAGCAACCGCAAAGGUAGCGGCCUCCAAGGGACCUUGCCUGUAAACUUAGGUAUUGCCUUACCAAAUCUUGAAUACUUUGAUAUUGACGGUAACCAAUUUAGUGGACCAAUUCCCGUUUCAUUGUCUAAUGCCUCUAAUCUGUAUCACAUUGGAAUGUCAUUAAACCAACUACAUGGAAAGGUCCCUUCUUUGGGAAAUUUACACAGGCUUGUGCGAUUACUUCUUUAUUUCAACACUCUUGGAAGUGGGGCACGUGAUGACUUGAGCUUUCUAUGUGAUUUGACAAAUGCCACACGUUUGCAAGUCCUGAAGCUUGGCAGAAAUAAUUUUGGGGGCAUGUUACCUCAAUGCAUAGCUAACCUGUCUUCUUCACUUAUAUACUUCUCUGUAUCCGAAAAUCAGAUAUCUGGAAGUAUUCCAAUGGGGAUCGGGAAUCUGGUUAACCUAGAGAGCCUAUGGCUGUCUGAGAACCAGCUUUCAGGUCACAUCCCCCGCAAUAUAGGAAGCCUUCAGAAACUAUAUUUGAUAAAUAUGGGUACAAACUCUCUUUCUGGGAAAAUUCCAUCAUCUUUUGGAAAUUUAAGUGGAUUAACUGAGUUACAUUUAAAUGACAACAUCCUUCAUGGAAAUGUCCCUUCAAGUUUAGUUGAGUGUCCCAAUUUGAUCAUAUUAUCUCUUUGGUCUAAUAACUUCAGUGGUAGUGUAUUCGAAGUCAUUCAUAUUUCCUCUUGGUUUACUUUUUUUGAUUUAUCUCAAAAUCAGUUCACUGGUUCCCCUCCCAAACAAGUAGGAAACUUAAUAAAUUUGUGGUACUUUGAUAUUUCUUACAACAUGUUAUUUGGUGAAAUUCCGGCAAGUUUUGGGAGUUGUAUAAAGAUAGAGUAUCUAAGCAUGGAAGGGAACCUCUUACGAGGGAACAUUCCGCCCUCUUGGGGUUCACUGAAAGGAAUUGAAGAAUUAUAUCUCUCUCACAACAAUUUGUCAGGCACAAUUCCAGAAUUCUUGGAACGCUUUCAGUUUUUGCAGUCACUAGAUCUAUCAUAUAACAACUUGGAGGGUGUGGUACCAACAAAAGGAGUUUUCAAGAAUGCAUCUGCGACAACACUGGUAGGAAAUACUAAACUUUGUGGAGGAAUACCUGAGUUUCAUUUGCCAAAAUGCAAAUUUCAACAUUCCCAUAAGAGACGAUUGAGCCUAACCUUGAAGCUGGUUAUCUCUCUCGUUUGUGGGCUUCUUGGACUCAUUUUUGCACUAUGUUUCCUGUACCUUUAUUGCUCAAAGAAGGAAAGAAAAGAGCAUGCUUCAAGUGAUUCAGAAAAAUUUCUCAAGGUGUCGUACCGAAGUCUUUUAAAAGCUACCAAUGGAUUCUCCUCCACCAACUUGAUUGGUAUGGGCAGUUUUGGGUCUGUUUAUAAAGGAGUACUUGACCAAGGUGAAACCAUGAUUGCCGUCAAGGUACUCAACCUCGUUCAUCAUGGAGCUUCCAAAAGUUUCGCUGCUGAGUGUGAGGCCUUGAAAAAUAUUAGACACCGUAAUCUUUUAAAGGUACUCUCAGCAUGUUCAGGUGUCGAUUAUAGUGGAAACGAUUUCAAGGCCUUAGUUUAUGAGUUCAUGGCUAAUGGGAGCUUGGAAGAAUGGUUGCAUCCAACUCAAAAAAUUGAUGAGACAGAUGAGAGGCUGAGAAGCUUAACGUUUUGUCAAAGGUUGAACAUUGCUAUUGACAUUGCUAUGGCAUUGGAUUAUCUCCAUCAUCACUGCCAGACGUCAAUAGUUCAUUGCGACCUCAAACCCAGUAAUGUGCUUCUCGAUGAAGAUAUGACUGGACAUGUAGGUGACUUUGGGUUGGUAAAAUUCCUUCCCCAAAUUUCUGAAAAUGAUUCCAGUCACCAAUCAAGCUCUGCCGGAGUAAAAGGAACAAUUGGUUAUACUCCUCCAGAGUACGGUGUGGGACAUGAAGUCUGGAGGCAAGGUGAUGUGUACAGUUAUGGUGUCCUCUUGUUGGAAAUGUUCACUGGAAAAAGACCAACUGAUAACAUGUUUCAGGGAACGUCAAACCUUCGUAACUUUGUCAAGGCAGCUAUGCCUAAAGUUGUAGAGAUUGUCGAUCCUCUUCUUGUUCUAGAAAGCUUCGAAGGGGAUAUGAGCGUAAACAAUCGCUUGGAUCAAGAUAGACAAACCAAUCGUAACAAAAUUGAAGAAAGCUGCUUGGUUUCAAUUUUAGAAAUUGGUGUUGCUUGUUCUGCCCAGUUGCCUAGAGAACGGAUGGAUAUUUCUGAUGUUGUGGCCGAGCUGUGUCGUAUAAGAAACAAAUUUUGA